AUGACAGACCACCUAAAGUUGUAUCUCUUUGGGGACCAAACAUACGACCUACAGCCACACCUGAAGAACCUGCUUCACAACAGGCAUAACCCCAUCUUAGAGGACUUUCUCGGGAAAUCAUACGAUGUAAUUCGCACUGAACUUUACAAGCUGCCCCCGCACAUCCGGGAAGACCUCCCUCGGUUCACUUGCGUCGACGACCUAGUCUUAUGGAACCAGAAUGGGAGGCGAUGCGUACCCCUCGACAUGGCGGUUACAUGCAUGUAUCAGCUUGGAGUGUUCAUCAGCCAGGCAGACCCCGAUGACUAUGGUGCAGACAAGUCCCGAGUUGUUGGUCUCUGCACCGGAGCCCUAGCAGCCGCCGCCGUGAGCUGCAGCCGCAGCACACUGGAUCUUAUUCCACUGGCGGUCGAUGCUGUCACUGUCGCCUUCCGGACAGGAAUACAUGUGACAGAGGUUGCCCAUCGAGUCGCACAGUUGCACAAGUCUGACGAGAGCUGGUCAAUCGUCAUCCCCGGGUUGGCAUCUUCAGAAGCUGUGGGUCAGUUCUGUGCCCAAAGCAAUCUCCCAUUGACGAGCAAGCCUUAUAUCAGCGCCUAUGCGCCAAACGGCAUAACCGUCAGUGGACCGCCCGGUUCACUCGCACAGCUGGUCGAUUCCGAAAGCUUCAAAACUCUCAGAUUCAAGACGAUCCCGAUAUACAGGCCAUAUCACGCCCCACAUCUAUACUCCGAGCGUGAUGUCAGCGAUAUGGUGGAAGGGGUGACAUCUGAUACCCUGCACCCGGAAUAUAUUCCCCUCUUCUCAAGUACCGGAAGCAAGGUAGAGCAGCGUGAUUUCGCAACGCUCGUGAAGGCUGCAGUGAGACAGAUUUUACUGGAGCCAAUUCGGUGGAGCAGCAUUCUGGAGGAACUGCAGGCUUGUCUUCAGAAUGUUUCCCCGAAAUCAUUCAGUAUUGCUCCCAUCGGAACCACAGCCGACCAGCUCAUCCUCACCGCACUCAAGCAGACAUCUUGUAGCUCACUUAUCCCUAGCACCCAAUUCCAGGCCAAGCCAGUGUCCUCCGGUGAGGAUAUCUCACCCAGUCCGAAGAAGCCUAAACUUGCCAUCAUCGGCAUGUCCGGGCGGUUCCCCGGCGCUAAAGACAAUGAGGCAUUCUGGGAUCUCCUCUACCAGGGGCUAGAUGUUCACAAGCCUGUUCCAUCGCUCCACUGGGAUGCCAAAACACAUGUUGACCCGACUGGUAGUCGCAAGAAUACGAGCGCAACGCCAUUCGGUUGCUGGCUGGAUGACCCGGCGAUGUUCGACGCACGCUUCUUCAAUAUUUCCCCCCGAGAGGCACCGCAGAUAGACCCCGCUCAGCGACUAGCUUUGAUGACAGCCUAUGAGGCAAUUGAGCAGGCCGGCCUGGUUCCAGAUGCCACCCCCUCCACCAGACGGGAUCGUGUUGGUGUGUUUUACGGAGUCACGAGCAAUGACUGGAUGGAGACGAACACUGCUCAAAACAUCGACACCUACUUUAUUCCCGGUGGAAAUCGGGCAUUUAUUCCCGGACGUAUCAACUACUGUUUCAAGUUCAGUGGCCCCAGCUAUGCUGUCGACACAGCAUGCUCCUCUAGUCUGGCUGGUAUCCACUUAGCUUGCAACUCGCUGUGGCGCGGAGAUAUUGAUACUGCCAUUGCUGGUGGAACGAAUGUUUUGACCAAUCCUGAUUUUACAGCAGGUCUCGACCGAGGGCAUUUCCUCUCGCGGACAGGGAAUUGUAAAACUUUUGACGACGGGGCAGACGGAUACUGUCGUGGAGAAGGCAUCGGCACUAUCAUCCUCAAGCGCCUUGACGAUGCGCUUGCAGACAAUGACCCGAUCUUGGGAGUCAUCCUAGGUGCUUACACCAACCACUCUGCAGAGUCCGAGUCGAUUACCCGACCGCAUUCCGGGGCGCAGCGGGCCAUCUUUAGCAAAAUCCUAAACCAAGGCGCCGUGGAUCCCUACAGCAUCAGCUAUGUCGAGAUGCAUGGAACUGGCACCCAAGCAGGGGAUGCCGGGGAAAUGUCAAGUGUUCUUGAUACCUUUGCACCACCCCUCUCAGAGGUCAAGAGGGCCAGAACAGCUGAAGAAGCCCUCUUUCUGGGGUCAGCUAAGUCCAACAUUGGCCACGGAGAGGCUGCCUCGGGCGUGUCAAGUCUCAUCAAGGUGCUCCUGAUGAUGCAGAAGAAUAUGAUCGUCCCGCACUGCGGUAUAAAGACAAGGAUCAACCGCAAGUUCCCGACAGAUCUUAAGGAACGCAAUGUCAACAUUGCGCUGCAGCCAACCCCUUGGGAAAGGAGCCCCGAUCCUUCCAAGCCCCGGCGUGUCUUCGUCAACAACUUCAGCGCGGCUGGUGGAAACACGGCACUGAUGCUGGAAGAUGCACCCCUUCAGCCCGAAUUCUCGGCUGGGGGAGUUGACUCUCGAAGCCUCCAUCUCAUCGCUGUCUCCGGUAAAGUAGGGGUCUCCCUCCAGGGCAACCUCCGGGCACUCCUUGCCUACCUAAAGCAAAACCCGGGCAUGUCCGUAGGGCAACUCUCGUAUACCACAACGGCACGUCGUAUUCAUCAUCAUCACCGUGCAAUGCUAGCUGGCGCCAGCACCGCGGAUAUCUGCGCCCAAAUUGAAGCGUCCCUUCGAGACAAUGUUGGAAUGACGAGGCCAAAGAGCGCCCCAAAGGCAGUCUUCACCUUCACCGGUCAAGGCGCCCAGUAUCCCGGAAUGGGCAAGGAACUUUUCGAAAACUUCAGCCUGUUCCGCACUGAGAUGGGCCGACUUGACCAGAUUGGACACAGUCUGGGCUUCCCAUCUAUACUGCCUGUUAUUCAAUCCGAUGAGCAAGACAUCGGCGUAUUUGCACCAACCGCUGUUCAACUGGCAAGUGUCUGUAUGCAGAUCGCUCUGAGCAAACUCUGGGGAUCAUGGAACAUCACCCCCACCGCGGUUGUUGGACACAGUCUGGGCGAGUACGCUGCGCUGAAUAUUGCAGGUGUGCUGUCGGAUGCAGACACGAUCUACCUGGUGGGCAAGCGGGCCGAUUUACUUCAGGAGAAAUGCACACGCGACACCCAUUCAAUGCUUGUUGUCCGGGCAUCAGUGAAGGAAAUCGCAAGCAUUCUCGGGGAUACCAAGUACGAAAUCGCUUGCGUCAACUCACCAGUCGAGACGGUACUGGCCGGAUCUAACGAGGAAAUUUCGACACUGAAGCAACUGCUCAUAGAUGCGGGUACGAAAUGCACACUACUGAAGGUUCCCUAUGCCUUCCACUCCUCACAGAUCGAUCCCAUUCUGUUGGAUUUCGAGCGGGUCGCUGCUGGUGUGACGUUCUCUAAGCCCAAGAUCCCUAUUCUACGGCCCCUCGACGGUACCAUUGAUAUUGAUGGCAGCUUCGGCCCUGAGUACCUCACCAGACAUGCUCGCGAACCUGUCAACAUGUUCAAAGCACUUCAGACAGGGUAUAGUAACCGCAUCAUUACCGACCAGACGACAGUUAUUGAGAUUGGCCCACACCCGGCUAUCGCUGGUAUGGUGAAGGCCGUUCUAGGAGGGCAAGUGACAUCUCUCGCAUCCUUACAACGUGCCAGGUCCGUUUGGCAGAUGUUUACCAGUGCAUUAAAGACUCUCUACAAUGCAGGCGCUGAUAUCCGUUGGGCCGAAUAUCAGCGCGACUUCAAAGGUUCACACAAGGUUCUCCCCUUGCCGGCCUACAGCUGGGACCUGAAGGAGUAUUGGAUGCAGUACAUUAAUGACUGGUCACUACGUAAAGGGGAUCCCCCCUUGAUGAUCGGCAGCGGCCCCAAGCUGGAGAGUACGACAAUCCACCGUGUCGUCGAGGAGUCGGGAGAUUCCCGAAAGACGCAUAUCGUUGUCGAAGCUGAUAUCACGCGCAAGGACCUGAGCCCGCUGGUUCAGGGACAUGAAGUCGAUGGAGUGCCUCUGUGCACCCCGUCAGUCUAUGCCGAUAUGGCCUUGAGCCUAGGCACGUAUCUUCUUCAACGCUACCACCCGACCCAGAAGGACAAUCUCGUGGAUGUGUCAGACAUGACUGUUUCCAAAGCCCUGAUCCUGCGGGCUGGGGCGACCCAGCAGCUCCUCCAAGCCCACGCCGAUGUGGAUUGGCCAUCCCAAUCAGCAGCUAUCAAGUUCAUGUCGUUUGACAGUAAGCAAAAGCUACAGGAGCACUCGCGUUGCGUGGUGCGAUUCAAGGAUAGAAGUCUCCAGCAGGUACUGCAACAGAAUGCAGAAAGUAUCAAGCAAAAGAUGCAAGCCUUGCGAGAUGGUAUCGCCUCCGAAACCACCGCCCGUUUCAAUCGCCCUAUGGUGUAUCGUGCGAUCCGGCCGUUGGCGCGCUUUCAUGAUGACUAUCGAGCCAUAGACGAAAUUGUGCUACGCAGCAGUACCCUAGAGGCUUCCAGUCGUCUCAGUUACGGCAGUGUCAAAAGGGGAGGCGACUUCCAUACUCAUCCGGCCGUCAUCGACUCCCUAACACAGUCUUGCGGGUUCACCAUGAACUGCAAUGAUAGCACUGAUCUAGACUCCGAAGUCUUCAUGAACCAUGGGUGGGGCUCGUUCCAGAUCUUCGAGCCGAUGGACUUUGACAAAGUAUAUACUACGUACACCCGAAUGGAAGAGGGUGCGGAUAAGUUAUGGCACGGCGACGUCUUGGUCUUUGACGGCGAUAGGGUCGUCGCGUACUUUGGACAGAUUGCGAUCCAAGGUGUUCCACGCCGAGUCUUGAAGGUCAUUCUCUCAAUCGAAAGCGGAGCCAAGUUGCAAAAGCAGCAGCAGCAACAACCGGCCCGGGCUUCCAUCCAGGCACCUAUCUCUGCAGCAAACCGUACUCCAGUCACAUCUGCUGUCACGGGCCCCUCUCAGGCAUCUCGGAUUGCGGAGGCAUUGUCAAUUAUUGCGGAAGAGAGCGGGCUUGCUGUAGCUGACUUGACCGACAGCACCGUAUUCGGUGACGUUGGUAUUGACUCCCUUCUGGGCCUGACCAUCUCGGCACGUUUCAAGGAGGAGCUCAACAUGGACCUUGACUUCAACGCGUUCUUCUUCGAGUAUCCUACGGUUGGUGAUCUCAAGACGCUCAUGCAAGGCUCCAAUACAACUGCCAUCUCAACUCCGUCGUCAUCCAGCGAGGCGGGCGCAGCCACUCCACUCAGUCAUGGGACUAGAGCGACAACGCCCGUUCCCAACGAGGACGUACUCACUCCCAAGGUUGACUUUCAACGCGCUCUCGAAAUUAUCUCUGAAGAAAGCGGUGUUGCAGUGGACGAGCUCACGGACGACACGAAUUUUGGUGACUCUGGUGUGGACUCCCUCCUGUCUCUCGUCAUUGUGAGUCGGUUACGUGAUGAGCUGGAACUGGACAUCCAGCAUGAGUCUCUUUUCCUUGAGUGUCCAACUGUGGCCGACCUUAAGCGGCUUUUGUUAGGAGAUACAAACCAGAAUGACACAGCCCAGUCUCUUGCGGAGAUCUCAUUCACAACCGCCCAUGAUGUUGUUGAAAAUACUACUGAGAGUAAAGGAACGUCACAGCGCACUGACAGUGAAAUUGCGACCCUUGCAGCUCGCAGGGCAGCUGUUACUGAGUUUGUCCAAAAGUAUACAGCUGGGUUCACUGCGCCCGUUCCUUCACCUUCGGCCACUGCACCAAGUGACAACGAGAAAGUCGUUCUGGUCACCGGAGCAUCUGGAAGCCUGGGAGGCCAUCUGGUUUACCAUCUCGCACAGCUCCCGGAUGUGAAGACGGUUGUCUGUCUCAAUCGUGAGAACAGAGCUGAACCUUACCUCCGCCAGCAGAAGGCCAUGAGGGAGAAGGGCAUCCGAUUCCCUGACGCUCUCAAGCCUAAGCUGCUCGUCAUACAGACUGACAGCUCAAAACCAAUGUUCGGGCUCUUGAAGGCUGAAUAUGACGGACUCGUCGGCUGUGUCACUCACCUGAUUCACAACGCGUGGCCCAUGAGUGCAAAGCGCCCGUUAGCAGGCUUCGAGCCACAGUUCCAGGUCGUGCGCAAUUUGAUGGACUUUGCUUCCGAUGUGGUCUCCUGUCGUCCCGAGUCCUUCAAGUUCAGUUUCCAGAUGGUUUCCUCCGUCGGGGUCGUUGGCCACUACGGCCUUGGGAAUGAUAAAGAGAGAACAAUGGUGCCUGAAGACGGUGUCGACAUUGAUAGCGUGCUGACAAAUGGGUACGGUGAGGCCAAAUGGGGGUGCGAGAGGAUGCUCAGCGACACCCUUCAACAGUAUCCUGACCGAUUCCGCACUAUGGUUGUCCGUCUGGGCCAGAUCGCCGGCUCCAAGACCAGCGGAUACUGGAAUCCCAUGGAGCAUUUCGGUUUUCUGAUCAAAUCGUCGCAGACAUUGAAUGCGCUGCCCGAUGUACCCGGUACGGUCUUCUGGACUCCCGUUAAUGAUAUUGCCGCCACGCUAUCCGACUUAGUGCUCUCUGAUCGCACUCCCUACCCAGUCUACCACGUUGAAAACCCAGUCGGUCAACCUUGGAAAGAAACAAAUGACAUUCUGGCCGAAUCACUGGGCAUUCCGAAUUUAAUACCCUUCGAGGAAUGGGUGGAACGCGUACGAGCGGCACCGCAGCGAAACAACCCGGCAGCAACGCUUCUCGAGUUCCUGGAUAGCAACUAUCUUCGCAUGUCCUGCGGUGGGCUCGUUCUGGAUGUGAAACAUACCCUUGAACACUCGAAAACGCUGUCUGCUGUGGGGCCUGUAAGCGAGGAGGUGAUCCGGAAAUAUAUUCACAUUUGGAAAGAAACUGGGUUCCUCAACUAA